AUGGAUACACGAAUAUGCAAAUCAACGGGUGGAAGAGAGUCAGGAAUGAAGGAAAAUAGGUCGCCUAAGGAGGGAUUGCAGCGGAGAGGCGGAGAACGGAGACCUCUGUGGGUGCUUAGUGGAGAAACAGUAGUGGGAGGGUUAGUAAAAGAAGGACCAAGAUGUGUAUAUGUAGCAUCAGAGGGAGUAGGAGGAGGAGGAUCAGUUUUUUCAUGUAUGUACGCAACAGAGGGGUUUGUGACACCAUCACGGGAAGCAGAAGGGAAAAUGAGUGGGAAGGAGGGGGGAGAAAAAAAUACAGGAACAGCGCCUCAAAGUGCGCCAGCAAAGACAAGUCUAUGUCUGUUUAAAGAAUUUGAUAUUUAUUGUGAUGAGGAAGUCUAUGUGGAGAUGCCUAGGGAGGCGGGGGUAGAUAUAUUUUCUUUGGAAAUGAAUAAGGAAAAUCUGUCGCCAGCCAAGUCGAGAUGGGCAUCACAGGGAAAGAAGUAUCGUCUUUAG